AUGUCUAUCCAGCCCUCAACUCUCCACUAUGUCGCAGCCUUUCUAUAUGCUGCCACAAUUCCCAAGCACACUCGUGUUGGAAUGAAAAGCAUCGAUCCUGCGGUCCGAACCAUCCACGGAACUGCAAAUGAGAAAGCGAAGAAAUUGUUAACGCCAACAUGGCAGCACUGCAACUUGUGGUUAAUCACCUCUGCUUUGAUGAGUCUCAAGUGGGCGAAGACUGGAGGUCCGGUCGGUACAGAGGAGAAGGUGAUUGUGUGGGCACAAGUAGCAUUCGGCAUCGUGACGGGUUAUCAAUACUUUAAGCAUGAUAUGUAUCCCGGUCUAGCAUGUCUGUGGGCUGCGCCGGCUGCCACGGUGGCUGCGAUGAUGUGGCAUAAAACUUGA